AUGGCCCCGUCCAGAGAGAUCCUACGCGCCUCCAUAAAAUUCAAUGUAAUCGUUAACCUUGACCAAUUGCAUCCAGAAUGGAACUCCCAGACCCGGACCACACUCCUUUCUCGCAAUGAUGUCUCACAAUCCUUUGCAGGCUGGAUUCUGAAGCGUGAAGGCAACUGUGGUCAUUUCAGGUGGUUAAAGCAGUCAUAUGUACCCACCCUUCGGAAGCUGGGAGAGUGGCGAAUUAUCUUGGUAGAUUGUCUACCAUUGUGGGUGGUGCACACAGCUCCUGGAAAUAGGCGAGAGGAGUUGGUCUUUUUGCAUCGGGAUGCAGGCCGACCCAGCCUGCGUAUUAGGGAACCUUACGUCUUUGAUGAUAUCAUGGAUCCUGUAGGGGGCACGUGCUCCGAACGCCGCCAAGCCGAUCAAGAACUGGAGUCCUUUGCGACAACCGUAUUGAGUCAGCUCAUAGAAGUUGAGGAAGAUUUGCUGGGUGCACCCAGCUCCUUGAGGCUGAUGGUCCGACUGGAUAUUGGUGUCAUGCAUGGUCCUGAUGGACAAUUAGGCUAUUUUAUCAACGAGGUGGAACGCGGAGUGGGUAUUGGUCUAUUUACCGCCGGGAAUCCAAGGUGGACCUUGCGGCUGGCUGAUGAAUUUGGGUGCUCAUUCUCCAAGUGGAUGACCAAAACCUGCCUGGCUAUGGAACGCUUAAUAGAACCUGUGACAUAG